AGUUGUGUAUCGAUCCUUUUGGUGUUGAAGAUGGGACUAUUCCCGAUGAACAGCUAUCCGCUUCAAGUGAAUAUUCUUUUUGGAGUAGGGUACAACGUGGACGACUGAACACUAAAGAAGAUAGAUUGGGAGCAGGAGCAUGGUGUACAAAAACCAAAGACCAAUACCAGUGGAUUCAAGUUGACCUCGGCAAACUGCAUAAGGUACAUGGAGUAAUCACACAAGGCCGCAACAAAUGCUGCUUAGAAUGGGUGACGUCUUAUGAAAUUUUUUACAGUGUCGAUGAUUCCAAAGUGUUCAAUAACGAACAAAACUCGUCAGGAAGCUGCAUUAGAUGCGCUGUGGAGUGUAUGAUGGCGGUAGAAUACAAGUGUUUUAAAUAUGGUGGAGAGUCCCUCUAUAUUACUUGCAGCAACAGUGGAAAUGUUGAUAGCUUAAAUAUUAUGUGUAUCGAUCCUCUUGGUAUUGAAGAUGGGACUAUUCCCGCUGAACAGCUAUCCGCAUCAAGUGAAAAUUCUUCUACGCAUGCUGCACAUCGUGGACGACUGAACACUGAAGUAACUGGUCUUGAACAAGGAGCAUGGUCGUCAGGAACCCUUGACCAAAACCAAUGGAUCCAAGUUGACCUCGGUAAACUGCAUAAGGUACAAGGAGUAAUCACACAAGGCCGGAACGACAACUUACAAUACAGGUACUUACAAUGGGUGACGUCUUAUGAGAUUUUUUACAGUUCCGAUGGUAACCUGUUUCAACCAAUCAGGAAUUCAUAUUGUCAAGUAACUAGGUUUGUUGGAAAUUCAGAUCAAGACACUAACGUGACAAACAUAUUCCCUGGCCCUGUCUACACCCAAUUCGUCUGGCAUGGCUAUAUAAGUUUACGAUUUGAGGUUCUUGGAUGCUCAGCAGGUCCAAUGUGCUCAGAGUUGGGUGGACGCUCCACUUAUUACAAGUCUUUUCGUCGCAAUCCACAAUGUUCUGUAACGACCAAAAACUCGAAAAGAAGUUGCAUUAGAUGCGCUGUGAAAUGCAUGAGGGCGCUAGGAUGCAAGUAUUUCAAAUACGAUGGAGAAUGCCACAUUUAUACCUGCAGUAACAAUGACUAUUUUGUUGCCUUUCAGUAUAAUGGUUAAAAUUGGCCUUUCCCUCGGAUAUUGUUGCUAGGAUUUGAAAGAUUUAAACGUACGCGUGUUCAUGGAUAUACGUAUAUCUGCCUUGUUCUUAUUAGUCAGUCGCUAACUUUGAUCAUUCCAGAAAUGUUUAUUAAAUUUCUUAGAUAAUGCAUGCUUUGUAUUUGUUACAACAAUCAUCAUUCUUCAAACACCGAUGAAGUCUUGACUAAAUAAAACUGUGUGUGUAGUAAUUUUAGCACAAAUUCGUUCAUUGUUUUUAUUGGAACUCAUAAAUUGGUUCGUGUUUGUAAUUUGUACUGGAUGAUUUUGGUAUUAAGCAAAAGUAUAGGACUUUCUUAGUCAGAGCUAACGCUUUAUGUAGGACAUAUUCAAAGUGUUCCGCAGAAAUUAAAUGUUUAGGACAUAAUUAUUGCAUAAACGGUUCCUCUAUGACUAUAUAAAUUACUUUAGUGAGGCUCUAUCAGAAAUACUUAGUCAUAAUUACCUUUGGGUCAUUAAAAAAGAACUACUAAUAUUUAUUUAAUGUUGGAGUCUGUAACUUUAUUCAAUAACAUCCCUUCAUGCUAUGAAGACUGGAUAAAAUAUAUACACAAUUUUGUGAGCAGAUUUUGUGCUGGAAACUGUAUAAUCAAAUCUAUUGUUCACUGUGCUCUUCCUCCCUCACUAAUUGGCGAUGGUGUAAACUAAUUUAUUUGUACUGUAAUUUGAAAUUUUGAAAUUUUCUUGUUAAUUGUGGGCAAUAUAAAGUAUACAUAUGCCCUCUUCUAUUAAUUUAUAGGCCUACUUUUUUAUAUAAUGCUAUUUAUAUAUGCAUUAAAGCGAUAAAUGGAUAAUUUUAUUCUUAGUAAUAUGUAUUUUAUUCAACAUACUAACGGUUUGAAUGAAUGUAUUUCAAUGUAGAUUUAAUUGAAGUUUUUUGUAAAUUGAAAAUGUGAUUUAGUUUAAUAUAAUCGUGAAAAUAGAAUUAUUUUGCAAAACAUAACACAUCAUAGAUUAGAAUGCUAUGCUCCGGCACUUAAAUAUCGUGGCUAAGGUUCAACAAAACGACAACAUGAAACAUGCAAAAACACGUGCGUUUAUUGGACAACGUCGUGUUUGUAAGCACGUUCGUAUUCCUGGCCCUAAUUGGUCAGUUGGUAAGAUUGGGUGACAUUCCGGAAAUGUCCAAAGUGUAAACAAUAGAAUAUAAUGUUGGUGUAGGUAUACUUGGUGAAGAGCAAGUAGUAUUUAGGGACAUUUACUCCACUAAUGAUAAUAUGUUUGUACUCCGUUCCAUACUUGAAUUAUACUUAAAGAAACAUAAGCGGUUGUAUUGCACUUUCAUCGAUUACAACUUGGUUGACCGAUUAUCUCUAUAGAUUAAACUAAUAUUAUGUGGUAUAAAUGGUAAAGUCAUUAAUGUCUUUUAUAAUUUGUCUGCUAACACGAAGUUAUGUGUCAAACAGAUUUGUGUGAUAUCCGAAUUUUUCUCUGUAAUGUUGGAGUGCACCGAGGAAAAAUUUAUCUCCGCUUUUAUUUGCUAUUUAUCUUAAUGACUUCGAUUUUUUUUGUUAGUCGUUAUUAUAAAAGUUUGGAUCACUUAGCUAAUGAAUUUAAUAAUGUCUUAAGUGAUGAUGAUGUAGAAGUGUUCCUCAGACUAUAUGUGUAAUUGUAUGCAGAUGAUACAAUUAUUAUGUCCGAAAGUCACUCAGAACUCCAGAAAGUAUUAAAUGUGAUUACUGCGACAUGUGGA